AUGUGGAUCACGCGGGAUUCGAACGCGGGACCUUUGGUCAUUGAGAGCAACACUCUACCACUGCACUAUGGGUUCGCUGCUUUGUCGGUUAAGAUCGGGAAUAGGAUGAAUGGUAGGGCGCUCACCGAUGAGAUUGCGAAACAUGCACUUAUCCAGUAUUCGCACGUGUUCGAAAUCGAAGCCGUGCCUUGGCUUGCUUUGGUAGCCGCUCACGCAUCCAUGCCAGGGCACGGCUUCGAUUUCGAACACGUGCGAAUACUGGAUGAGUCGGACGACCGAAUCUCACGCCUCUUGCAGGAGGCAUGGCACUUGCACACGGCCUCUGUUAAUAGUCAUAUCGAUCUCCCAGAUGCCCAUCUAGCGUUGCGCGAGCAAUGUCAGGGCUCAAGGUCACUCGCGGCGGAGCAAGCAAUGGGAACUCAAGAGUCCGAAACGUCGGGCAAAUACAUUACUGGUCCCAGAGACCGUCUGCGUGCCUUCUAUUCAAUUACCUGGGCCUCGCAGAUUUUCGAUUAUUCAGAAUAUGAUGAAGUGGAACCAACAAGGACAAGCGAGACCGGAACGGCCAGUUCUGGCUUGCCAGCCGUCAUCCGCCAGUCAAACCCAGUCCCAGAGGUGGCGACCCCCGAUAUUCGAACCCGUGAUAGAGAAGAAUACGACUCGAUCGCUGGCGAAUCCAUGAUAUUUGGUCAUUGA